AUGCAAGUGGAGAAGCAAUUCUUGGGCCUAGAGCCGCAGCAUGAAGCUCGCGGCACGAAUAAGGAAGCUGAUGAUAUCGCCAAGAGAGUGUCCAAACGCCAACCGCAGGAUCCCGGCGUCUUCGAGGAGCGACUCUUCAAGCCUUCAGCAGCCCCUCUGGCUGCAGAGCCAACACCGCCUCAGGAGGAGCUUCCCCUGCCACCAACUUCGGGAGCCCCCGCCUGCGGCCCUACUUCAGGAGCACGCCUGCUCCUCGUGCUCGAGCCUCAAGAGGGGUGCUGGACCGAAGAUUUCGAGGCAUACCUGCUGCAGGGAACCCUGCCGGAGGACGAGGAAGAUGCAAAGUGCGUGGCUCGGCAGGCCACAACCUACUGUAUUCAGGACGGUGAGCUAUACCGAAAACGACCAAAUGAUGUUUCCUUGCAAUGCAUCUCAAGGGAGCAGGGGUGCGAGCUGUUAACCGACAUACACGGUGGGGAUUGUGGACAUCACUCGUCAUCGCGCACCUUGGUGGGCAAGGCGUUCUGCAGUGGGUUCUACUAG